AUGUCCAUGUCAAAAUGCGUGGGCCAGGCAUCGGCUCUAUUUUUUUAUGAAGGUGACUUAACUGUAUUAUCGUUAUCUAUCACAGAAGUUAUGAACCUGGCACCAAUCGCUGGCGAUGCGUUAGUUUUGGACGAGCUGUUUACCCGGAGCAAUAUGACGAUUGUUAUAAAAAAAACAAACGCUCCCGCUGGAGAAUCUUACAUUAAAACUAUUAACAACUACAUUCUGCAAAUAAGACACCCAGAUGAAUUUGAGCAAAGCUUACAGGUAUUGCGAAGUUUGCCCACGUGGAACUCCGAAGCGAAAUUCUUAAUCAUAUCGGCGGCCAUCUUUUUUGAUCCCAAAUUUGUGGUUGACGAAAUUAUAAAGCAGUUAUGGAGAAAGAAAGCCUUGAACGCCGUUGUGAUGUUGUCCGAACCAAACAGCAGCAGUACCUUUAAUGUUUAUGCUUGGAACCCGUCUUGGGAAUUCACUUGCGAUGUUACUCCGAAAGAUGUUGCGAUUAUUGACCGUUGUACAAACGGAAGUUUGAUGGUUGGUAAAAACUGGUAUCCCGACAAAAUUCGCCACAAUUUAAAAGGGUGUCCAUUAAAGGUAUUGGCGGUCAUUUGGCCACCGUACGUGUUACCGCCAGUACUUGGUAAAUUUAUAAAUGGCAUUGAAGUCAAGUUGUUAAAUACUAUAGCGGAAGUAAUUAACGGUUCCAUACUAUACCUGUAUUCCAAUACAUCCCAGAAAUGGGGGUACAUUCAUGAAAACGGUAGUGCUACAGGACCUCUGCUGGAGUUGAAAGAAGAACACUGCGAUUUGCUUAUUGGGUCAUUUUCUGCAACUAAUGAACGAAGUCGCUAUUUUGAUUAUGCCAUCUACAGUUUUCGCGAGACGCUCACUUGGUGCGUCCCUCACGCCAAAGAUGCGGAUAAAUGGAAAAAGCUGUUAAUGGUGCUACCACUUGAAAUCUUUGUUUCCAACUACGUUCUUUGCAUCGCUGUUGGUCUGUGUCUGUGGGGACUGUGUUCUCUUCAGUCUAAUGAGCCAAACACUUACAAAAGUUUCGCCGGAGGAUUACAGAAUUCUUUCGCAAUACUAUAUAAUAUCCCAGUAAAGGCGCAACCCAGAUAUACCAAAGCAAGACUCUUGUUUAUACUGUGGGUGCUGUACUCAUUGCACAUAACCGCGGUGUACGAAAGUUCGAUUAUCAGUACGUUAACAAAGCCUCGAUAUGACCAGGAAGUCAACAACCUAGGAGAUGUGUUGGAAAAAAAUUGGACUGUGUGGGUUAUGGAAAAUCAUGGGAGAUACUUUCAGAAACGUAAUGACGCAAACGCGUUAAAGUUAAAAAAAUUGACGAAAGUUUGUGAGGACAUAGCGAUUUGCCUUUGGGACACUGCAAUAAACAAACAUUCCGCUACUUGUGCACCAAGACACGUCUUAGAAUUUGCGUACCAGUACAUCGAUAAUGAAGAACCUCUUAUCCACUGUUUCAAGAACAGCAUUGUGUCUAUGCCUUUAGAAAUGCUUUUUGUGAAGGGUUUCCCAUUAACGCGCGAUUUUCGCAAAUUGAUUGGCAGGAUUACAUCGUCCGGUUUAAUUUCUCAUUGGGAAAAGCAGGUGUACAACACAAAGUUGAAGAGUAAGGUGAACAAGGGAAGACAUGGCAGCCAAAAUCAACUGGGAAUGUCGCAUUUGGUGAUGGUUUUCGUUUUACUUUUUACGGGAUAUGUAUGUGGUUUUAUAGUACUUAUUAUCGAAUUGUAUGUCAUGCCUAAACUAUAA